UCUUUAAAUAUUGUUCCAGCUCCCUUUUUUUCCGAUUCUUCCGUUUCAAGUCAACCUUACCCUUCGUUUCCUCCCACCUUCUUCUUCUUCUUCUUCUUCUUCUUCUUCACCAAAAUAAAAAAAUCUGAAUUCCCCACAUUUUUAGAUCCCCCAUUUAAUUCUUAGAUUUGAAUCGAGUUUGUAUAUUCUCAAAGUUUUAUCCUUUUUAUUUAUUUAUUUGUUUACACUUGAUCUCUCGAUUACAGCCCACCAAGUGAUCGAUCUUUUGUCUCACUGAAACUGGGUUAUGCUUAAGAUUUGAUCUGCUUUACUGAAAGUUUCCAACUUUGGGGUGUUUUUGAUAUUGUUUCUAUGGCGUAUCAUCCGGUUUAUACUGAGACGAUGUCAAUGGGAGGAGGGUCAAGCCACGGGUUUGGCCAGCAAUUCGUGCCUUUUGCUACGAGUAGUGGCUCUUUGAGGGUUGAGUUGUUACAUGGUAACUUAGACAUUUGGGUUAAGGAAGCUAAACAUCUUCCUAACAUGGAUGGUUUCCAUAACAGACUUGGUGGGAUGUUAUCUGGGUUGGGAAGGAGGAACAGUACUAAAGUGGAAGGUGAGAAGUCUUCAAAGAUCACAAGUGAUCCUUAUGUCACUGUCUCUAUCUCUGGUGCUGUCAUUGGUAGAACUUUCGUGAUUAGCAACAGUGAGAAUCCUGUUUGGAUGCAGCAUUUUGAUGUACCCGUGGCUCAUAGUGCUGCUGAAGUGCAUUUUGUGGUGAAAGAUAGUGAUAUUAUUGGUUCACAGAUCAUGGGAGCUGUUGGUAUCCCUACUGAGCAGUUGUGUUCAGGGAAUAGAAUCGAAGGGCUGUUUCCUAUACUUAACAGUAGUGGGAAGCCUUGUAAAGCUGGUGCUGUGUUGGGUUUGUCUAUUCAGUACACUCCUAUGGAAAGAAUGAGACUUUACCAAAUGGGUGUUGGUUUUGGUAAUGACUGUGUUGGAGUUCCUGGAACAUACUUCCCUUUGAGGAAAGGUGGUAGGGUUACUCUGUAUCAGGAUGCUCAUGUUGAUGACGGUACUCUUCCGAGUGUACAUCUCGAUGGUGGGAUUCAGUAUAGACAUGGAAAGUGCUGGGAGGAUAUGGCUGAUGCAAUAAGACAGGCAAGGAGGUUGAUUUAUAUCACAGGUUGGUCAGUUUUCCAUCCGGUUAGGCUGGUUCGUGAGAACAAUGAUCCGACCAAAGGUACACUAGGGGAUUUGCUUAAAGACAAAUCUCAAGAAGGUGUUAGAGUGUUGGUUUUGGUGUGGGAUGAUCCAACUUCAAGGAGCCUUCUGGGAUUCAAAACACAAGGAGUUAUGAACACUAGCGAUGAGGAGACUCGCCGUUUUUUCAAGCAUUCGUCCGUGCAGGUUCUCCUUUGUCCCAGAUCUGGGGGGAAAGGUCACAGCUUCAUAAAAAAAUCUGAAGUCGGAACAAUCUACACCCAUCAUCAAAAAACUGUGAUUGUAGAUGCUGAUGCAGCUCAGAACAGAAGAAAGAUCGUAGCAUUUGUUGGAGGGCUAGAUUUGUGCAACGGACGAUUUGAUACUCCCAAGCAUUCUCUCUUCAGGACAUUAAAGACACUCCAUAAAGAUGACUUCCAUAACCCAAAUUUUGUGACUACUGCGGAUGAUGGACCAAGAGAACCAUGGCAUGAUCUUCACAGCAAGAUUGACGGUCCAGCUGCAUAUGAUGUGCUUGCUAAUUUUGAGGAACGCUGGCUAAAAGCUUCUAAACCUCGCGGAAUUGGGAAGCUAAGAUCGUCUUCUGAUGAUUCUUUGCUUAGGAUAGACAGAAUUCCCGACAUCAUGGGACUUUCUGAAGCUUCUUCUGUUAAUGAUAAUGAUCCAGAGUCUUGGCAUGUUCAGAUUUUCCGUUCAAUUGAUUCAAGUUCGGUCAAAGGGUUUCCGAAGGAUCCAAAGGAAGCUACUGGAAGAAAUCUUCUUUGUGGGAAGAAUAUUCUCAUAGAUAUGAGCAUACACGCAGCUUAUGUUAAGGCUAUACGGUCAGCUCAGCACUUCAUCUACAUUGAGAACCAAUAUUUUCUUGGAUCAUCAUUCAACUGGGAUUCGAACAAGGACUUGGGUGCUAAUAAUCUUAUCCCGAUGGAAAUCGCACUUAAGAUUGCUAAUAAGAUUAGAGCAAGGGAGAAGUUUGCUGCUUAUAUUGUCAUUCCAAUGUGGCCUGAAGGUGCUCCAACAAGUAACCCUAUUCAGAGAAUUCUCUACUGGCAGCACAAAACAAUGCAAAUGAUGUAUCAAACCAUCCACAAGGCACUUGUUGAAGUUGGUCUUGAUGGCCAGCUUGAGCCACAAGACUUUUUGAACUUUUUCUGUCUUGGAACCAGAGAGGUCUCUGAUGGAACAGUUAGCGUAUAUAAUAGUCCACGGACUCCACCUCAGCCAAAUGCAAAUGCAAAUGCUUCACAGGUGCAAGCUUUGAAGAGUCGGAGAUUCAUGAUAUAUGUUCAUUCCAAAGGUAUGGUGGUGGAUGAUGAAUUUGUCUUAAUUGGUUCUGCGAAUAUCAACCAGAGAUCCUUGGAAGGAACUAGAGACACUGAAAUCGCCAUGGGAGGGUAUCAGCCUCACCAUUCAUGGGCUAUGAAAGGUUCUCGUCCUCGUGGUCAGAUUUUUGGAUAUAGAAUGUCGUUAUGGGCAGAACAUCUAGGGUUUCUAGAGCAAGGUUUCGAGGAACCAGAGAACAUGGAAUGCGUAAGACGAGUAAGGCAAUUGAGUGAGCUCAAUUGGAGACAGUAUGCAGCAGAGGAGGUAACAGAGAUGCAAGGUCAUCUUCUCAAGUAUCCAGUACACGUUGAUAGAACAGGCAAAGUGAGUUCUCUUCCUGGAUGCGAGACAUUCCCAGAUCUCGGUGGCAAGGUCAUAGGCUCGUUCCUUGCGCUCCAAGAAAAUCUCACCAUCUAAAAUAUGCCUUUGUAAGGACAAAACUUGUUCUUUGUUUCUUCCACUUCAAAAAUAGUUCUCUGAGUGUGAUCUGAAUGCAAAGUGUACCUUUAGGGUCUACGAGCUGUAAAUUUAUUUUUUUACAAUUAUUUCAACUGAUGAUCUGUCAUAGUGUGUUUUGGACUUUUUCUACUGCUUCUUCCAAUUUGCGUUA